CAUCCCCUCCUCCUCCUUUUGAUCGGGAUUUAAACAUGGCGGAGCGCAUGGCUGCACGUUUGGCCGCUCAGGAGAAAGAAAUAGAGCUGUUAAGUGUUGAAAUUAAACGGCUCCGUGAUGGCAUUUGUGGAGGCCAGGACAUACUCAAGGCUGUGGCCAGUAGUAGUCCGGAGCUGGAGGACCUUCGCACCGAGAACGAAAAGCUGAAGUACCGCCUUAUCCACCUCCGCCGGGGUCUCCAAGAGGAGCUAGCACAAGAGGCAAAGCAGGGCCCAACACAGCCCCAGAAAGACCAAGAAAGAAGAGAGAAACCAGUAAAGGAAAAACAAACCAACAACAUUCAAAAGAACAACACACAACAGAAGCCUGUCACCGCAGAGCCCAAAUCAGCAGAGAAGACCAAGAAGAAGGAGAAGACGGGGGGAGAGAAAGCUUCUGCAGAGCUUAACCCGUGGCCCAGCUACAUAGACGAGCGCCUGGAGCUGUACGCGGAGCUGAAGAGGGAGAGUGAUGCCCUGUUGGCCAAGCACGCCGCUGAGAGCCACCCCAUCUCUGUGGCGCUGCCUGACGGCCAGACGGUGCAGGCCCAGGCCUGGGUCUCCAGCCCCUACCAGGUCGCCUGUGGCAUCAGCCAGGGUCUGGCUGACAACUCUGUGAUUGCCCGUGUGGAUGGAGAGCUGUGGGAUCUGGACAGGCCUCUGGAGAAGGACUGCUCUCUGGAAUUGUUACGUUUCGAUCAUGAUGAUGCCCAAGCUGUUUACUGGCACUCCAGCGCUCAUAUCCUUGGAGAGGCCAUGGAGAGGUUCUAUGGGGGCUGCCUCUGCUAUGGACCCCCCAUUGAGAAUGGCUUCUACUACGACAUGUUCCUGGACGGACAGAAGGGUGUGUCCAGUGGCGAGUUUGGGGACCUGGAGUCCAUCUGUAGAGGCAUCAUGAAGGACAAGCAGCCCUUUGAGAGGCUGGAGAUCAGCAAAGAGACACUGCUGCGCAUGUUUAAGUACAAUAAGUUUAAAUGUCGCAUCCUGAAUGAGAAAGUUACCACCCCCACCACAACAGUUUACAGGUGUGGACCAUUGAUUGACCUGUGUCGAGGACCUCAUGUCAGACACACUGGGAAGAUUAAAGCCUUAAAGAUCUACAAGAAUUCCUCCACGUACUGGGAAGGCCGCUCCGACAUGGAGACUUUACAGCGGAUCUAUGGAAUCUCCUUCCCCGAUUCCAAGAUGCUGAAGGAGUGGGAACGCUUCCAGGAGGAGGCUCGCAACAGAGACCACCGCAAGAUCGGAAAAGAUCAGGAGCUGUUUUUCUUCCACGACCUCAGUCCAGGCAGCUGCUUUUUCCUCCCUCGAGGGGCCUAUCUCUACAACACCCUCACAGAAUUUGUCAGGGAGGAGUACAACAGAAGAGGCUUCCAGGAGGUGGCGUCUCCCAACAUCUACAACAGCAAGCUGUGGGAGACCUCCGGCCACUGGCAGCACUACAGUGAGAACAUGUUCUCCUUCCCCGUGGAGCAGGACAUCUUCGCACUCAAGCCCAUGAACUGUCCUGGACACUGUCUGAUGUUCAGCCAUCGGCCACGAUCCUGGCGCGAGUUGCCCCUCAGACUGGCCGACUUUGGGGUGCUCCAUCGCAACGAGCUGUCUGGGACUCUGACCGGGCUCACUCGCGUCCGCCGCUUCCAGCAGGAUGACGCUCACAUCUUCUGCACCAUGGAACAGAUUGGCUCUGAAAUGAAGGGCUGUUUGGACUUCUUGCGCUGCAUCUAUGAUGUCUUCGGCUUCUCCUUCCAACUCAACCUCUCCACGCGGCCAGAAAAGUACCUCGGCGACAUUGCCGUGUGGAACCAAGCUGAAAAGCAACUGGAGGAAAGUCUCAAUGAAUUUGGGGAACCUUGGAAACUAAACCCAGGGGAUGGAGCCUUUUAUGGACCUAAGAUUGAUAUUAAGAUCAAAGACGCUAUUGGUCGGUAUCAUCAGUGUGCUACCAUCCAGCUGGACUUCCAGCUUCCAAUCCGCUUCAACCUGACCUUUGUAGGUAAGGACGGAGAUGACAAAUCGCGGCCCGUCAUCAUUCACAGAGCCAUUUUGGGCUCUGUGGAGAGAAUGAUUGCCAUCCUGACAGAGAACUACGCUGGGAAGUGGCCGCUGUGGCUGUCCCCACGGCAGGUGAUGUUUGUCCCCGUUAACCCCUCACUGGAGGACUAUGCCAAAGAGUUAUGCAAACGGUUCGUGGAAGCAGGCUUCAUGGCAGAUGCCGAUCUGGACUCAAGCUGUCUGCUGAACAAGAAGAUCCGCAAUGCCCAGCUCGCGCAGUACAAUUUCAUCCUGGUGGUCGGCGAGAAGGAGCGGAUGACGAAGAGUGUGAACGUGCGCACGAGAGACAACAAGGUGCACGGGGAGCUGACUGUGGAUGAGGUUCUUGAUCGCCUGACCCUGCUCAAGGUGUCGCGCUGCCGCAACGCAGAGGAGGUGUUCUGAGUUAAAGCCGGACCUGCCAGCGCCUCGUUUGAAAAGCCAUGUGUGCCGUUUUUUUUAAAUUCUCAAGUCACGUUCAUCAUUGACUGAAGACAAGGAGAUAUCUUAAUGUAUGAGGGGAAUAUCAAUGGCAAAAGAUAUAGGGAAAUGAGCCAAUGCAAUGAGGAAUUGAGUGAGGAGGGGAACAGUUAAUACUUGUAGAGUAUUUCAUAAUGUCAAAAUGUUGAUAAGACCUUUUUGACUGAGGUGGUUCGGUUGUCUGUGAAGAAGAAAGAAAUUGUGUCCGUUUUUGACUGUUUUCCAUUGUGUUUCAUGAUUGCACCUGAAAAUUGCCUUUGUGUAAUCCUUUUGAAUGGGAACGUUUUGGAACACAGUAGUAAUCAGACACACCAGACACAUUGAGUAUGGUAGCCUAGAUAGGUUUAGAGUAGAAAUCAUGAUGGAACAAUGAAGGAUGUAACGAUGGUCAGAUGAAAUUAUGCACUGCUGAAGGACUGAUUCAUAUUUAUUUCAGAGUAAACAUAUCAUGGCUGAGUGAUCUUUGUAUGUCCAAAAAAAGGAUUUGUUAUGGAGUUUGUUAUUAAGCUCUAUCUCCAUGUAAGUGCUUCUUGAUCUGUGAAAUAAAUACCAGAAUACUUCUGUUCA